CUCAUCAGCCAUGAUGAGAUAUUACCCCACAUUUACAAAUUCUGUGAGAUCACAAAUGGGUUGUGCCUGUAGGUGGAGGGGAACAUGGUCAGUAGGACAGAGAUCAACACUGAUGAUUUACUCAUUGGUGGAAAUGCCUCUGCUGAAGUUCCUGAGGGUGAAGGAACAGAUGCUACUAUAAUCACUGGAAUUGACAUAGUAAUAAACUAUCAUCUUCAUGAAACUAUUACCACAAAAGAAUCCUACAAAAAUUACAUCAAAGACUACAUGAAAUCAAUCAAAGGCAGGCUUGAAGAACACAAGCCAGAUAGAGUACAACCUUUUAUGACCAGAGCUGCAGAACAAAUCAAACACAUCCUUGCCAAUUUUAAAAACUAUCAGUUCUUCAUAGGCAUAAACAUGAAUCCAGAUGUCAUGGUGGCUCUCUUGGACUUCUGCAAGGGUGGUGUGACCCCAUAUAUUAUUUUCUUUAAAGAUGCUUUAGAAAUAGGGAAAUGUUAA